UAGGAUUUCCUAAAAAUCAAUAACUUUGGACCAGUGGUUUCCGCAUAAUCUUAUUUUAAGAUUUCAGAAGCCAGAAGAACAAGCCUCUUUGCAAAGACGUAAAUAUUCAAGUUUCUUGGUACUUUUUAUAAUUUGGUGAAAACUAGCGGACGUUAGGUUUUGAAUAAAAUGUGGUGGCUCAGAAGUAUGCGACCUCUCCAACGCGCGGGAAAACGAAUAUAUGGAACCUUCCAUGACACCUUGGAUCAAUUGACUGGUAUUCAAAAACGGGAACUUCUGGCUCACCUUGCUGGCGAGUGCGAUCCUUUCCGUAUUCUGAGUAUUAAGAAAGGACCAGGAACUCAUGAAUGUCCCAACCUCAUACCAAGCGCAUACUGUAGCCGCCUUGUGGGCUGUGUGUGUCACCCCGACACCAUGCACAUUGAAUGGAUUGUGGUGCAUAUGGGAUGGCCCAGGCGGUGCGGCUGCGGUUACUGGUUCGAGCUAUGCCCCAUUGCGCCGCUGUAA